AAAACGUUAGCGUAAUCAUGAUUAACCAUAUCCUCCUCACAACAGCAGUUAUCAUUUUCGCUACUUGUCACACGACAACACUUUCAUCACCAGUAAAAGCAAUAUAUUGGUCCGAGAAUCAAAUAUUCCCACCAUCAUCCAUUAACACUUCACUCUUCACCCACGUCUACUACGCUUUCCUCUUCCCAAACAACCUCACCUAUGCCCUCCACGUGUCAGACGCAACCGCCUCAACCCUCACAAACUUCACCACCACACUCCGAGCCAAAACUCCUCCGGUCAAGACCAUCCUUUCCAUCGGCGGUUCCAAUAGCAACGCCUCCCUCUUCGCCCUCAUCGCUUCCACCGCCGCCACCCGCGCAUCCUUCAUCAACUCCACCAUCCAAGUUUCCAGAACCUUCGGCUUCGACGGCAUCGACCUCGACUGGGAGUUCCCUAGGGACUCCAACCAAAUGAACGACCUCGGCCAGCUUUUUCAUGAAUGGCGCCUCGCAAUCUCCGCCGACGCCGUCGCCACCCGCCGCCCGCCGCUGCUCCUCACCGCUGCCGUGUACUUCGCGGUGGACUUCUUCCUGUCCUCCACUCCGCCGCACAAGUACCCCGUGGACUCCAUCAAUCAGAACGUUGACUGGGUCAACGUCAUGAGCUACAGCCUUCGCGGCCCCUGGGGCAACGUGACCGGAGCUCCGAGCGGCCUUUUCGACCCGAUUCAAAACAUAAGCGUUAGUUUCGGGUUGCAGUCGUGGAUCCAGGGCGGAGUUGUUCCCGAGAAAGUAGUUAUGGGCUUGCCGCUUUAUGGGAUGACGUGGCAGCUUCAGGAUCCGAACGUGCACGGAAUUGGUUCUGAUGCUACUGGUCCGGGUCCCGGGUUGAACGGUGCAAUGGCGUACUUUCAGGUGGUGGAAUUUAAUAACCAAAGUGGUGCGAAGGUUGCGUAUGACGUUGAAACGAGGUCGGUUUAUUCAUAUUCUGGGAGUUCUUGGGUUGGCUACGAUGAUCCCUUGACGGUUACAGUUAAGGUUGCUUAUGCUCAAGCCCUUUGCCUUCGUGGCUAUUUUUUUUGGGCUGCUGGCUUUGAUACCAGUGACUGGAAAAUCUCAACGCAAGCUUCCAGGGCUUGGAAACUUGCAUGAGAUUGGAGAUUGUGUGAAGUUAGUUAUUUGUGCAUUCUUUAUAAAAAAAACGUGUUAUUUGGACUGUUGGAGAGAAUAAAAAAGCUGAGCCGAAGCCAAGGAAUUGAAAGCUUGAAUAAGUGACAGAUAAGAAAGGUCUCCAAUUGCACAACAGUGAUAUUAUCUCCUCGUUUAGCUUUUUAUUAUCUAUAUUUAAUUUGCACACAAGAUUAAGUUUACUAUAUCAUGACCUCUAUAGUUAUACUGACAAGAUGAAUGAAUGAAUGAAGUCCGGUAAUUGAAAAGGUUAUUCC